AAACUCAAAUAACAUACGUUAAAAUGGCAUGGCAAGAAGGAAAUUUCCAAGAAGCAGAGGGGCAAUAACCUCCUUCAAACCUUCUCUUUAUCUGUUCACUGAUUCCCCCUUAGGCCUUACCUCUGAAAGGGAGAUUUCAUUUCAUUUCCUUUCUUUCAUAUUCUUUGCCAUUGCAAACACUAACAAAACCAAGAACUUAAUACCCAAUACUCAGAAUAUAUUGUUAACAAUCCUCUUCUCUUCAAUUUUUUUUUUUUUUUUUAAUUAUUUAGCCUUUAGGGUUUUGACACACGCCAUUCCUUUAUGAUUUUGCCUUUUCUUUCCUGCCAUCACAAUCCCAUCAAGAUUUUGAUUCCAUCCCAUGAUAAUUCUUUGCUUUUCUUCUCAAAGAUAGCAUCUUUCUUCUUCUUCUUCUUGUUUAUAUCUCUCUUUCUCUCUUCUGGGUUCUUGUUAUCUUUGAGGACUGUAACAGACAACAACAAAUUACUACAAAGCUCGGCAGCCACCACAGCCAUGAAGGUUUACCCCGUCCCCACAAAGAAGAGAAACAACAUCACCAUUCAAUAUUAUGAUAAUCAAAUUGAUAAUAACAAUUUGAGAAACCCACAAAAUCUUUCAACUGGGUCUCACAAGAAGCUCCGCCGCUUGCCCCAUAUCUUUACUCGGGUUCUUGAGCUUCCUUUCAGGUCCGAUGCUGACGUGGCGGUCGAGGAGAGCCCGGAUUGCUUCAAGUUCGUUGCCGAGACCGAUGGUAUCGGCGAAGUGAGGGCACAUAUGAUCCAAAUCUAUCCUGGGGUCACUAAAAUCGUUGUUAGGCCAAAUGGGUCUGUGGAGUUGUCUUCGUUGGAUGAGCUGGAGCUGGAUAUGUGGCGGUUUCGGUUACCCGAGACGACCCGGCCCGAAUUGGCGAGUGCGGUUUAUGUGGAUGGGGAGCUGAUAGUGACAGUGCCAAAAGGUGGGGACUUGGAGAGUUUGGAGGAGAGAGACGGGGGUGGUCGUGGUAGUGGUGGUGACGGUGGUGAAAACGGGGAUUUUAGAGGAGGUAUGGGAAACAAUAGGCUUGUGCUUGUACAGUGAUACAUAGUGAUCUUUUUUAUGCUUUAAUUAUGUUUAUGUUACAUUUAAUGUUGAACUUUAGCCUGCAAGUUUAGUUUUUGAGGGCUUUUUAUGGUUAAUUUUGCUUCAAUGAAUCGGAAAUGUUGUUUUUGUUGCAUGAUAAUGGCAAUGGAAAUGAAGAUGGUUCUUUAUUUUACUUUUU